AAAUUGUGACAUUCGAUUUGAGCGUGUAAACAUUGAAUGAGUGAGAUUUAUACACAAGAUUGGCUGUAAAGGGUAAGCAUAGAAUCGUUUUGUUCUCAACAAUUGUCUGUAAAGUGUAAACCAUAUCAUCAUCAAACAAGAUUCAUCCACAAUAUGAUGAGGUUUGUUCCUUUCUCUGUUUUUAAUUUUCAAUUUUCAAACCCUAAAUUCAUCAUUUCAACAAAUUUAUACUCUCAAUUACAUAACUAUUAUAAAAAAUGAUGAACACAAUCUCGUUUCAUCAUUCAAUCGAUUGCUCCAUCAGAAGAAUCCUACACCACCCAUCUUUGAAUUUGGUAAGAUUUUAGGUUCUCUUGUUAAAAUCAAUUGUUACCACACUGCUAUUUCACUUCAUAGACAGAUGGAAUUAAAAGGAAUUGCUUCAAACUUAGUCACUUUGAACAUCUUGAUUAAUUGUUUUUCUCAAUUGGGUCAAAACCCUCUUUCUUUUUCUGUAUUUGCUAACAUUCUUAAAAAGGGUUAUGACCCAAAUGUCAUAACUUUAACUACACUCAUCAAGGGUCUCUGUCUCAAAGGUCAGAUUCAUUAAGCAUUGCACUUUCAUGAUAAGGUGGUUGCGAUGGGAUUUCAUUUGGACCAAGUUAGUUAUGGAACCUUGAUUAAUGGGUUAUGUAAAGUUGGACAAGCAAGAGCAGCUUUGCAAUUGCUGAGACGAGUCGAUGGUAAAUUGGUUCAACCUAAUGUGGUAAUGUACAACACCAUUAUUGAUAGCAUGUGCAAAGUUAAACUUGUUAAUGAAGCUUUUGAUUUAUAUUCUGAAAUGGUUUCUGAGGGAAUUUCUCCUGAUGUUGUUACUUACAGUGCUUUAAUUAGUGGGUUUUUCAUUGUUGGUAAACUGAAAGAUGCAAUUGAUCUGUUUAAUAAAAUGAUAUUGGAAAACAUCAAACCGGAUGUGUAUACUUUUAAUAUAUUGGUUGAUGGAUUUUGUAAGGACGGAAAGAUGAAAGAAGGUAAAACUGUGUUUGCUAUGAUGAUGAAACAAGGCAUUAAACCUAAUGUUGUUACUUAUUGCUCUUUAAUGGAUGGAUAUUGCCUAGUUAAACAAGUGAAUAAGGCUAAUAGUAUAUUCAACACUAUGGCUCAGGGGGGAGUGAAUCCUGAUACUCAGAGUUACAAUAUCAUGAUUAACGGGUUUUGUAAGAUUAAAAAGGUUGAUGAAGCCAUGAAUCUCUUUAAAAAAAUGCAUUGCAAAAACAUUAUUCCUAAUGUGGUGACUUACACUUCUCUUAUUGAUGGUUUGUGUAAAUCGGGGAAAAUCUCUUAUGCUUUGAAGCUAGUCGAUGAGAUGCAUGAUAGAGGUGUACCACCUGAUAUAAUUACUUACAGUUCUAUAUUGGAUGCUUUAUGCAAAAACCAUCAGGUUGACAAGGCAAUUGCAUUAUUAACAAAAUUGAAAGACCAAGGUAUUCGACCAACUAUGCACACAUACACUAUUCUUAUUGAUUGAUUGUGUAAAAGUGGAAAACUGGAGGAUGCACGUAAAGUUUUUGAAGAUCUUUUCGUCAAAGGCUACAAUCUUGAUGUCUAUGCAUAUACCGUUAUGAUCCAAGGGUUUUGUGUCAAGGGCUUGUUUAAUGAAGCGUUGGCCUUGCUGUCA